AUGAAGCUGACCCUGGACCAGUUAUCAGCCCAGCUCAGUUUCACUCCUCUGCUGCAUGUUGAGAACGCCACACAGGCCAGACUCAACAACAAGCUGACCAGUUUGUUAUGGACAGUCCAUGAGCCGACCACGGUGGCUCUGACACUCAUGUACUGCCUGUCCUUCCUGGUGGGGUUCGUAGGGAACAUCAUGUCAAUGAAGGUGUUGACCAACCGACGUAGCGAGAGGCUAGCCGCGGUCAGCGCCACACGGUACCUCCUGGUUAACCUGGCGGUGUGUGACCUGGCCGUGGUAUGUGUCUGCAUGCCCAUAACGCUGGGUCACCAGAUCUACUCGGCCUGGGUCUACGGGGACUUCCUCUGCCGAGCGGUCCCCUUCACCCAGGCCGUCUCCGUGUCGGCUAGCGUGCUAACGCUUACGGUCAUCAGCGUCAAUCGUUACUUCAGUGUACGCUGCCCGCUCCGUGCCCGCUCCCUCUUUACCCGCCGCCGGAUCCUAGUGACGGUCGCCGUGGUGUGGGUGGUGUCAUCAGCGAUCUGCGCCCCAUUGGUGUUCAUGAACCGGCGAGAUGAGAUCAGCCUGGGGGCGUCGUUUGUGAUCCCUGUGUGCCAGGAGGUGUGGCCGGGGCCGCGUCUGAAACAGGGCUACACCGUCUUGCUCUUCGUGGCGCUCUACUGCAUCCCCGUGACCUUUAACCUCACCAUCGGCUUCCUGACUGGCCGCCGGCUCUGGGGGGACGGGAAGCGGACGUUUACGGAACUCGACUCUCGAAGCCGAGCGCUGCACACUGAGCGCCUCAAGACGAGGAAGAAGAUCGCCAAAAUGGUGGUGGCCCUGGUGCUGCUGUUUGCAGUUUCCUGGCUGCCCCUGUAUCUGGCUGAGUUCUGGAUCGACCGAGUGCAGCAUCCGCCAUCUUGGCUCAUGCAGACCCAGCCCUUUGCCCAGUGGCUGGGCCUCACCAACUCCAGCCUCAAUCCUAUCUGUUACUGCUUCAUAGGUGAUCUCCACCGUGGGGCCAAGGUGUUUCGUACCCACUACCACCGCCGGAUCGCUGCUCUCUUUGGUUCCUCUUUCGCCAACUCCGCCACGACCACCGCCGCCGAGGGAGGACUAGCCGCGGCAACCGUGGCCGCGUCCACAGCAGCCAUUCCUAAGUUGUUUACCUUCUCCAGGGGGGCAGGGGGGCCAGGCAAGAUGGAGGACGGGUUUGAUAACAGUCUGUCUGACUGGUACAAGUCCAGCCCCAGUCCACCACCACCAUUACUAUCACCUCCACCACCAUUACCACCACCACGACCACCUCCACUACUACCACUACUACCACCACUACCACCACUACCACCACCACUACCACCACCACCACCACUACCACCACUACCACCACUACCACCACCACUACCACCACUACCACUACCACCACCACUCCCACCACCACCACUACCACCACCACCACCACCACCACUACUACCACUACCACCACCACUACCACUACCACCACUACCACCACCACAACCACCACUACCACCUCCACAACCACCACUACCACCAAAACAACCACCACCAACACCACCACCACCAACUCCACAACCACCACUACCACCAACUCCACAACCACCACUACCACCAAAACAACCACCACCACCACCACUACCAAAAUCCCUACCACCUCCACCACCUCCAGCAUCACCACCACCACAAUCACCACCACUACCACCACCACCUUCACCACCACCAUCACCACGAACACCACUACCACCACCACCACCUCCACCUCCACCACCACCUCCACCACCACAAUCACCUCCAUCACCACUACUCCCACCACUACCACCACUACUACCACCACCACCACCAACACUACCACCACCACCUUCACCUUCACCAACACCAAAACCACUACCACCACCACCUCCACCACCUCCAGCAUCACCACCACCUGCACCACCCCCACCUCCCUGACCACCACUACCAUCAUCUCCACCACUACUUCCACCUCCACCACCAUCACCACCACCUCAACCACCUCCACCCCCACCAUCUCCACCACCAACACAAUCACCACCACCAUCAACACUACCACCACCACCUUCACCACCACCAACACUACCACCACCACCUUCACCACCACCACCACCACUAACACCUCCACCACCACCUCCACCACCACAAUCACCUCCAUCACCACUACUCCCACCACUACCACCACUACCACCACUACCACCACCACCAAAACAACCACCACCAACACCACCACCACCACCACUGCCAACUCCACAAGCACCACUACCACCAAAACAACCACUACCACCACCACCAUCACCACCACCUCAACCACCUCCACCACCACCCCCACCACCACCACCACAAUCACCACCACCACCACCAUCAACACUAACACCUCCACCACCACAAUCACCUCCAUCACCACUACCACCACUACCACCACUACCACCACCACCACCACCAAAACAACCACCACCACCACCACCACCACCACCACCUUCACCACCACCACCAACACUACCACCACCAAACCCACCUUCACCACCACCACCAUCAACACUACCACCACCACCUUCACCACCACCAACACCUCCACCAUCACCACCUCCACCACCACAAUCACCUCCAUCACCACCACCAACUCCACCACCACCUCCUCCUCCACAACCAUCUCCAUCACCACCACCACCGCCACACCCACCACCACCUCCACCACCUCCACCACCACCUCCACCACCUCCACCACCACAAUCUCCAUCACCACCAUCUCCACCACCCCCACCAACAACAACAUAG